CCCCUGUCUACAUUAUCUACGUUUAGCCAACCCUACCCCGCCUUCUGCAACAGCAACCAAACAAACCCUAAUUUCCUCUUGAUAAAGCAAUCCUUCGAGCUAUCUUUAAUAUUCCUUCUCCAUCCCCCUAUCUAUCCAUACCGGAAUUGGAUAUUCGAUUUUGAUUAAUUUUUCCAAGGGAUUUUGUUUUCUUCUUGAUCUUCGCGGUUACUCGACUGUUGUUCUGUUUGUGGGAAAUUGGGAAAAUGGUGGGAGGUGGAAGCAGGAGAGACGAGGGAUCGCUGGUGAUUAACAACACCAACGGGUUUGCGGCGCUCGAGACUCUGAGGAAGAAGAAGAAAUCCGAUAAGGAAAAGGGGUCGUCAAAGAGCGGAAAGGGAUCCUCCAAGGCACACCAACAGCAGCCGCAGAAAGAGCCUGAGCCGCCGGUGUUCUGGGCCCCGACACCCCUCAAUGUCAAAUCCUGGGCCGAUGUCGACGAUGACGAUGACUAUUUCGCCACCGCUGCGCCUCCUCAACCCGUCUGGACCACUGCUGAGCCAUCCCAGAAAUCCAAUGUGGAGGAACAGGAUAGUGAGAGUGAAGAAGAUAUUCUAGAUGAAGGUGAUGAUGAUGUAGAGGAAGAGCAUGACCAUGAACCGGAGGUUCCUGUGCAUAUUGAGCUUGAAGCAAAGAAUCUUACCACAGUUUCUGUGGCACCUAAAGAGACGGAAAGGCAACUUUCAAAAAAGGAGAGGAAAAAGAAGGAACUUGCAGAGCUUGAGGCCCUUCUAGCUGAUUUUGGAGUUGCACAAAAAGAGAGUAACGACCAAGAUGAGUCACGUGAUGCCGCAGAAGAAAAGAAAGAUGGGGAGCAGAAUGGAGAUGGAGACAAGAAAAGUGCCCCAGGGGAGUCCAAAAGUGCAAAGAAGAAGAAAAAGAAGGAUAAAUCAAAGGAGGUCAAAGAUUCACAGGAUCAGCCUAACAACACAGAUGUCAGUAAUGAGCCCGAGGAAGCUGCUGGAUUAGAGCAUUUAGAGGAUGCUAGUAAUGUUGAUGUGAAGGAGCGGCUAAAGAAGAUGGCAUCAAUGAAGAAGAAAAAAUCUAGCAAGGAAAUUGAUGCUGCAGCUAAAGCUGCUGCACAAGAGGCUGCUGCUAGGAGAGCAAAGCUUGCUGCAGCAAAGAAGAAAGAGAAGAACCAUUACAACCAGCAGCCAGUGCGGUGAAAGCUCAUUUUUGUCUAAAAUUCGUACAUCAACAUGUACUUCUCGUUCAUAAAACAAUGCAAAAUAAACAGGAGGCCCUGCUUUUGGAAAAAGAUGGCCAUUUAGUUGUAAUACUAGUAGACUAAAGAAAAAUUUCUCUUUUUUUGACUACUUGGAUCUUAUUGUUGCUCGGUUUUCAUGGAACGCACUGUCUUGGCAGUUCUGUUGGCAGAAAAUUUUUCGUUGGACAGAAGUUCUUGAUUCAUCUUUGUUAUUUAGUUCUUUCUAACCAUCUUCUAGUAGCUGGAAAAUGUUCUACGGCAUACACAAUGACGCAGGAUGUGAUACAUUGAUGUUUGUUCUCGAUGCACUAUUGCAGUUAAUGAAAUGGAUAAAAUGUCAUUUGUAUUAUGAGUGUUGAAGUUAAAUGGAGGAAUGCAGCUUUGAUACGCUAAUGAAUGCUACCUAUUAGUCUUAUAGACGAAGUAGCAACUAGUAAGGUCUCUGUUUUGUUCUAAUUAGAAGAUUAACCUGUGAUAUGAAGUUGCUAACAUGGCUAAUUGGGUUCUUUAAUCUGAUUUGUAUAAAAUGUUACUUAUGAUCAUUUUGGAUAUAGCUUGUAGUUGAUCAAAGAAAGUUGGAUGUGCAGG